AGUGCUCAGAUUGCUUUGGCCUCUCUCGGUCUUCACAUCGCCAUUCGAAUCGGUGGUGUUUUUAAAACGACGCGUGUUUUUGUGUGUGCUUCUCGAAACGCAAGUGAAAAGACUCGAGAAAACCAAAGUGCAGGCUACCCAAAUUGAUGACGAAGUUUCGUGUGCCGCCUGCAUUUCAUUUAUAAACAUAUAUUUUCGGCCUUAAUUCUGUGCUUCCUGUGAAUUAACGAGGAAACUAAAGUGUGCGCAAGCGAGAGAGCCAAUCAACAAGUGGAAACCGAGAAACUUUCUUCGCAAAAGCCGGCUGAUCACCAAAAGAGAUCCUUUCUCUGGGACUUUUCUUCAUCUCUGGAACUUCCUCACAUUUCGUCCAACAUGGCUUCCAAGCUUUGGCUGAGUGCAUUUUCCGUGGCGGCUGUUGAUCAGGAAAGCCGCCUGGAUGCGUUUCUGCUUUGAUCGGCUGUGCUUCGCAACCAAGCGGCCAGCCCAAAACUCCAAUAGCAAUGCACCACACUGCACUGCUCACAGCACAAUUAGCACAGAUGCACCACCAGCAGCGGAUGUAGUAGAUGUAGCCACAGCAGCAGCAGCAGCACAGCCUUCAAAUAAUCUGUUUUACGCCGACUACCAGAAGCUACAGCCAGCGAUAAUCGAUCGGGAUUGGGAGCGGGAUAGAGGAACGCCAACCGAGGCCAAGCCGCCGGACAUAGAGCAACAGCCUGAGAUACAGAUACAUAGCCAUCCACAGAUACAGACAGAGAGCCAUCCACAGAUACAGACAGCUGCUCAGAUACAGAUACAGAUACAGCGCCAUCGCCGGCAUAGCAGUGCCGAAGAUCGCAAUCUGAACACGAGGCGGCGAAACGAUUCGAAUACUACGGAGGCGGUACGAAAAGCAGCCAGUAUGCAGCAGGAGCCGAACGCCAACUAUCAGUUCCCAACCGACUUGGGUCUGGUGAGCAUCGUCAACAAUAAUAAUAACAAUAAUAUCAACGCUCUGUCGAGUGGUGCCAGCAACAACACCAAUAAUAAUAAUACUAACAACAAUCUGGUGGGUGGCAUUGUGACCUUGCCGGCGGCUGGUGGUGGUCUCAUAGGUCUGGAGCACACGGCAUCGGGACUGCGGCUGAUACCGGCACCACCAACGCACUCGGAAGUGCUGACCCACACGCUGAUCUACGGAACACCGCCUUCGGGAGCCCAGCAAUUGCAUCAGGAUCCGCGCAGUUUGCUGCAUCAACAGGAGCUGCAGUUGCAGCAGCGCUAUCAGCAAUUGCAGCAGUUGCAGGCUCAAACGCAGGGCUUGUAUACGAGCCAAGGCAGUCCUGUCUUGUAUCAUCAAAACAGCGCGUGUUCCAGCCAACCGGUGGCCAUACCCGGUGCCAGUUGUCAUUCGCCCACGCAAUUGCAAGCGCCCACCACUCUUAACCUUCAGCAGCAAAUGCAGAGCUUGAGGAUCUCGGGAUGUACGCCCAGUGGCUCGGGGGGAUCGGCCACGCCCUCGCCGGUGGGCUUGGUGGAUCAAACCCUGCUCAUGGGCAACUAUGUGGCCGCCUCGCCGCAGGAAGAGCGCUUCAUACAGAUCAUUCAGGCCAAGGAGCUCAAGAUACAGGAAAUGCAGCGGGCCCUUCAGGUCAAGGACAAUGAAAUUGCCGAGCUCAAGUCGCAUUUGGAUAAGUUCCAGAGUGUUUUCCCCUUCAGCCGCAGCAGUGCGGCGGGAUGUGCCGGAACGGGCGGAGGAUCGGGCUCAUCCGGAGCGGGAGGGGGAAGUGGAGCGAGUGGUGGUCCCAGCACCGCCACAGGUGCCACCCGCAAGUCUGGACAGAACUUCCAGAGGCAGCGUGCCCUCGGCAUCUCGGCGGAACCACAAAGCGAGUCCUCACUGCUGCUCGAGCACGUCAGCUUUCCCAAAUACGACAAGGAUGAGCGCUCCCGUGAACUUAUCAAAUCUGCCAUUUUGGAUAAUGACUUCAUGAAGAAUCUGGAUUUGACGCAGAUUCGUGAGAUCGUCGACUGCAUGUAUCCGGUGAAAUAUCCAGCCAAGAAUCUGAUCAUCAAGGAGGGAGAUGUCGGCAGCAUUGUUUACGUCAUGGAAGAUGGCCGCGUGGAGGUUUCCCGUGAGGGCAAAUACCUUUCGACCCUUUCGGGAGCAAAGGUUCUUGGCGAGCUGGCCAUCCUGUACAAUUGCCAGAGGACGGCGACCAUCACCGCGAUCACCGAGUGCAAUUUGUGGGCCAUCGAGCGCCAGUGCUUCCAGACCAUCAUGAUGCGAACGGGGCUCAUUCGACAGGCGGAGUACAGCGACUUCCUCAAGAGUGUGCCCAUCUUCAAAGACCUGGCGGAUGACACGCUCAUCAAGAUCUCCGAUGUUUUGGAGGAGACGCACUACCAGCGAGGCGAUUAUAUUGUGCGCCAAGGUGCCAGAGGAGAUACCUUCUUCAUCAUUUCAAAGGGCAAAGUGCGAGUGACGAUCAAACAGCAGGACACUCAGGAGGAGAAGUUCAUACGCAUGCUGGGCAAAGGUGAUUUCUUUGGAGAAAAGGCUCUCCAGGGCGAUGAUCUGCGCACGGCGAAUAUUAUUUGCGAAUCGGCGGAUGGCGUCAGUUGUCUGGUCAUCGAUCGCGAGACCUUCAAUCAGUUGAUUUCCAAUCUGGACGAGAUCAAGCAUCGCUACGACGACGAGGGAGCCAUGGAGCGCAGAAAGAUCAACGAGGAAUUCCGGGACAUCAACCUCACCGAUCUGCGCGUUAUCGCCACUCUGGGAGUGGGUGGCUUUGGUCGCGUGGAACUGGUGCAAGCCAAUGGCGAUGGCUCCAGGUCCUUUGCCCUCAAGCAGAUGAAGAAGUCACAGAUUGUGGAGACGCGACAGCAGCAGCAUAUCAUGUCCGAAAAGGAGAUCAUGGGCGAGGCCAACUGCCAGUUCAUUGUGAAACUGUUCAAGACCUUCAAGGACAAGAAGUACCUGUACAUGCUGAUGGAAAGCUGUCUGGGCGGCGAACUCUGGACGAUCCUGCGGGACAAGGGCAACUUCGAUGACAGCACCACCCGCUUCUACACAGCGUGUGUGGUGGAGGCCUUUGACUACCUGCACUCGCGGAACAUCAUCUAUCGAGAUCUGAAACCGGAGAACCUGCUGCUAAACGAACGCGGAUAUGUGAAGCUCGUGGACUUUGGCUUUGCCAAGAAACUGCAGACGGGCAGGAAAACGUGGACUUUCUGCGGCACCCCGGAGUAUGUGGCUCCGGAGGUGAUUCUCAACCGGGGUCACGACAUCAGUGCGGAUUACUGGUCGCUGGGAGUGCUCAUGUUCGAGCUGCUUACCGGUACCCCUCCAUUUACGGGUUCGGAUCCCAUGCGCACCUACAACAUCAUACUUAAGGGCAUCGAUGCCAUUGAAUUCCCCAGGAAUAUCACGCGUAACGCCAGCAAUCUGAUUAAGAAGCUGUGUAGGGAUAAUCCUGCCGAGCGUUUGGGCUACCAGCGUGGGGGAAUUAGCGAGAUACAGAAGCACAAAUGGUUUGAUGGCUUCUACUGGUGGGGUCUGCAAAACUGCACUCUGGAACCGCCCAUUAAGCCGGCCGUGAAAAGCGUGGUGGAUACCACGAACUUUGAUGAUUAUCCACCCGAUCCGGAGGGUCCUCCACCAGAUGAUGUUACCGGAUGGGACAAGGACUUUUAGGCCUCGUUUCCUAGACGAUCGAUGCUCUCUAAACGCUUCUGCUACAGAACACAGAAUACCGGAGGAGAAGACAAACAAAGGAGGAGAAAUUGAUCUAAAGUGCGCCAUAUGUACGCCAAAGCCAACAGCAAACAGUCAGCAGCAACGCAUCGAAAAGCUGCCAAAAAACACUAAGAAAAGAAAGGUAGCAGUCGCAAGGCCAAGGGCCGACACAAAAAAAGCACAAUUAUCCAUCGUCUUAGCCCUUUUAGAUUUUAGAUUUAUGAUGUGUUAUAUAUAUAUAUACCCCCCCAUGAUGUGCAACGCAAUGAAUUUAUUAACGAGUUUAUAACUAUUAUUUUGUAAUGAGGAUAUGUACCGUCUAGUUCGUUUGGAAUUGUAUGAUGUAAGUUGUAGGUAGAGCUCUGUUAGCCAUGUGCAUUGUAUAAAUUCUAUUUCUAUUUGUAUCUAUUAAAUAUUAUUAACAUAAUUAUUAAACAUCAUUGUUAAUGUAUCAAAGCACGCACGAAACUGCAUACAAAUACAAAUCGGGUUGCCUUAUAGUCUGUAAGAACAUUUUUAAAAGCAACAUCUGACCAAGAUCUUCCGUCAUUCACCGUUUAAAAAAAAAUCAUUUGUUAAAUUUCUAUCUAGCCUCUCUUCUAUAUUUCAUUAGUCUGUAGCAAUCAUGUCUAUUAUUUUUACGAAAAAUACGCCCUUUUUAAUUGUCUUUUUUAAGUAAAUCAGUUAGACAUUGAAUAAACAAAUUUUUGCGAUGAA